UCCGGCAUGUGUGGCAGUCACCUGCACUGCAUAAACAAUGCUAUGUGGCUGCGCAGCCUCAUGCUUGUUUUGUUCUCGCAAGUUCCUUCCCCGUCGUCGCCUUCUCCGUUCUUCGUCUAAGGAACCUGCUCAUCCAUGCGUCCAUAUACAAAUCUCCUGUCUUUACUGAUUAGGCUCGCUAAUCACCCUGCUAUAAGUACGGUCUCCUGCUCUGUUCAUUAAUUUCCAUCACUCGUCGGACACCUGCUGUUAGCAAUCCCUGCUGGUAGCAUCAUCCGGUGCCGACCAACCUCGCUCAUGGCAAGGAUCCACCUCUACGUCGCCGCGGCCUGCGCCGUCGUGCUCGCGCUCGCCUCCCCGACCCUCGCCGGCGACCCCGACAUGCUCCAGGACGUCUGCGUCGCGGACCUUGCAUCCCCGAUCAAGCUGAACGGGUUCCCGUGCAAGGCGAACAUCUCGGCGGACGACUUCUUCUUCGACGGUCUGAGGAACCCCGGCAACACCAACAACCCGGCGGGGUCGAUGGUGACGGCGGCCAACGUGGCGAGUUUCCCGGGCGUGAACACGCUGGGCGUCUCCAUGGCGCGCAUCGACUACGCCCCGGGCGGCCAGAACCCGCCGCACACCCACCCGCGCGCCACCGAGAUCAUCUUCGUCCUCGAGGGCACCCUCGAGGUCGGCUUCAUCACCACCGCCAACAAGCUCUUCGCCAAGACCGUCACCAAGGGGGACGUCUUCGUCUUCCCCAGGGGGCUCGUGCACUUCCAGCAGAACAGGGGGUACGGCCCUGCCGCCGUCAUCGCCGCCUUCAACAGCCAGCUCCAGGGCACGCAGGCCAUCGCCAUGACGCUCUUCGGCGCCACGCCGCCGGUGUCCUCCGACAUCCUGGCCAAGGCCUUCCGGAUCGGCAACGGGGAAGUCGACGCCAUCAAGGCCAAGUUCGCGCCCAAGUAGAAGGAAGCCUUUGGCAGUCUGCAUUCGUUGAUUUUUGAAUAAAUCGCGCAUGCCGUUUGCAGGAUAUGUAUCGUGAACGCUAGUGAUUGCUGCGUGCGGUUGAAUUUGUUCGUCUUCGGUUUCAGGGAUUGCUGACCACGCUUGUCGUUGUUAAUUUAAUUUGUGUGACACCAAUAAGAUCAUCACUUUUAUAGUUUUGUUAGAGUUA